AUUCAACACAGCAGAGAGUUGAGCCAAGUCAAAGUCUUCCAUUUUCUCCAUCUCCAUUCUGCCAUUAAAUGCUGAGAACAAAUUGAAACAUAAACCAAACCAAACCAAACAUGUUUCUCAGAAAACACGGUCUCUUGUUGUUACUCACCACAGUUGUUGUCCUUUCUGCCACCACCACCACCACCGCUAUAUCACCAGGCUCCACCCUCUCAGCUACCUCCAAUCAAACAUGGAGUUCACCGAGCUCCACCUUCUUCUUAGGCUUCGUCCCCGUCAACCCAACCACCACCCCUCCCACCUUCACCGCCUCCAUCUUCUACUCCGGCAACUCCCCCGUCGUCUGGUCCGUCGCCAACGCCACGCCCGUCGACUCCGGAGCCUCCCUCCGCUUCCUAUCCACCGGCGCCCUCCGUCUCCUCAACGGCUCCGGCGCCACCGUCUGGGACUCCGGCACGGCCAACCGCGGCGCCUCCUCCGCGACGCUUGAAGACAGUGGCAAUUUGGUAAUUUCCAACGGAAGCCGCACCCCUCUGUGGCAAUCGUUCGACCACCCCACCGAUACACUUGUCCCCUCUCAGAAUUUCAGUUCCGGUAAGAUUCUGAGAUCUGGUUCUUACUCUUUUAUCCUUAAGAGUAAUGGGAAUUUAACCCUGUAUUGGAACGAUAGCAUGUUGUAUUGGAACCAAGGCUUGAAUUCCUCUGUUAAUACUGUGAGUAAACCUGUUUUGGCGUUGCAAUCCAUUGGAAUUUUGCAACUUUCUGAUACAAAUUUGACAAGUGCAGCUAUUGUUGCUUAUAGUAAUGACUAUGCUGAGGGUGGUAGUGAUGUUUUGAGAGUUUUGAAAUUGGAUAAUGAUGGAAAUUUGAGGAUUUAUACCACUUCCAAGGGUAGUGGAAACCCUACUGCUAUGUGGGCUGCAGUUGAGGAUCAGUGUGAGGUUUAUGCUUAUUGUGGGAACUAUGGUAUCUGUAGUUAUAAUGCUUCGAAUCCCGUUUGUGGUUGCCCUUCUCAGAAUUUUGAGAUGGUGGAUCCCAAUGAUAGUAGGAAAGGGUGUAGGAGGAAGGUGAGUCUCAACAAUUGCCAAGGGAAUGCAACCAUGUUGACCUUGAAUCAUGCUCAGUUGCUCACUUAUUCCCCUGAGGUUCAGUCGCAGGUGUUCUACAUCGGUAUAUCAGCUUGCAAGGGAAAUUGUCUUUCCAACACUAACGGUUGUUUUGCUUCUACUGCCUUGGGGGAUGGCACGGGGCAAUGUUACUUGAAGUCGCAAGAUUUGGUCUCCGGAUAUGUGAGUCCAGCACUGCCUAGCACUUCUUAUAUCAAGGUUUGUCCACCGGUGCUUCAGAAUCCGCCACCUUCAGGGGUGUCUGUGAAGCACAAGAGCUCGAGAGUACCGGCUUGGGUUCUGGUGGUUGUGGUUUUGGGCACUCUUCUAGCCUUGGUUGCCUUUGAAGGUGGUUUGUGGAUGUGGUGUUGUAGGAACAACAAAAGGUUUGGUGCAUUGUCUGCUCAGUAUGCUCUCCUUGAGUAUGCUUCUGGUGCGCCCGUCCAGUUCUCCUACAAGGAGCUUGAGCGCGCGACAAAGGGCUUCAAGGAGAAGCUUGGAGCUGGAGGAUUUGGUGCUGUCUACAGAGGAAUUCUUGUUAAUAAAACCGUGGCUGCAGUGAAGCAACUCGAGGGCAUCGAGCAAGGUGAGAAACAGUUUAGGAUGGAAGUUGCUACCAUUAGUAGCACUCAUCAUCUCAACUUGGUUAGGCUUAUUGGCUUUUGCUCGGAAGGGCGCCACAGGCUUUUAGUUUAUGAGUUCAUGAAAAACGGUUCUCUAGAUAGUUUUCUAUUCAUGUCAGAGGAACAUUCAGGAAAAUUGUUGAAUUGGGAAUAUCGAUACAGCGUCGCUCUUGGCACUGCGAGGGGCAUCACAUACCUUCACGAGGAGUGUCGCGACUGCAUAGUCCAUUGUGAUAUAAAGCCUGAAAACAUUCUCUUAGACGAGAAUUAUGUUUCUAAGGUAUCUGACUUUGGUCUUGCAAAGCUUGUAAAUCCAAAGGACCAUAGGCAUAGGACCUUGACCAGUGUGAGAGGAACCAGAGGAUACUUAGCACCCGAGUGGCUUGCAAAUCUUCCCAUAACAUCUAAGUCCGAUGUUUACAGCUACGGCAUGGUUUUGUUGGAGAUUGUGAGUGGAAGGAGGAAUUUCGAAGUCUCGGAGGAAACUAAUAGGAAAAAGUUCUCCAUUUGGGCUUAUGAAGAGUUUGAGAAAGGCAACAUCAUUGGAAUUGUGGACAAAAGGCUAGCCGACCAAGAAGUCGACAUGGCGCAAGUGACAAGAGCCAUUCAGGCAAGCUUUUGGUGCAUCCAGGAGCAGCCCUCCCAUAGACCGACCAUGAGCAGAGUGGUUCAAAUGCUUGAAGGCGUUGCUGAGAUAGAGAGGCCGCCGGCACCAAGGUUGGCUAUGGAAGGACCUGUUGUUAGUGGAACAAGCACAAACAUAAGUAGCAAUGUCAGUGCAUUCUCCACAGCUGCAGCUUCACCCCUUGGUCCUUCGUCGUCGUCGUCAUUUCAGACAAGCAGUGUCUCCACCUUAACCUUGGGAAGGAACACCGAGAAGGUAUCUUCAUCUCUCUUACAAUCAGAACCAUGAAUGGUUACCAAUCUUUUUUCUCCUUCAUGAUUACCAAUAAGAAUUGCCUCAUAGCUACAUUCACAUUCACUUGCUAUUUGAUUCUGGAACAGCAAAACUAAGCUUUGCUGCUCAAAUAACUUGUAUCAUAAUAUUCACAACAUAGUGUGUAUUUACCAACAUCACUGUAUACUUAUACUAGUUUGUACUUUGUAAUUAGGGAUUGCAAGCAAAAGCAGAAGCAAUCAUCUGUAUUGAAGUCCUGUAAUUUUUUUGCAUAAUGUGUAUAGGUAUAUCCAUAAUGAAUGGGCAGAAUAUUAUCAAA